GAUCAAUUCUUUUAUUUUCGCAAUAUUGCGAUCAACUGUUCAUUGAUCGUGUAAUUAAGAUAACAUAUCCUGAACGCGACGACCUUGAGAUAGUAACCGUGGCCUUGCGUUUUCGAUAAGUAACUGAACGAAGAGGAAUGUGUGUGUUUCGACAUGAGUUGUCAAUACAACGACGUCUCUGGCUUGUUCCGAUAACCUGUUUCAGCAAAACAAAAGAACGCAAAACUAACUGGUUUCAAGAGUUUGACCGGUUUUGCAAAGGAAUCUUGUAUAAAUUAAAAGAUCUUGGCUCAGACCAGAGUUCCAGACAGCGAUUAUCCGUCGUUUGAGCGGAGAAUAUUCUUUCAUUUGUGUGAAAAAACGGAUAUUUUUGUAUCUCGUGCACUCAAAGUCGGAAAUAUGCUGCUCUAUUUAGAAGCAAAUCUCACGAGAAGAUAAAUAUCGCAAUCUGUUAAUGAUCGUCUCCCGCCGGAUGUUUUGAUAAUGCUAGACAUUUAUGUAAGAGCUGAUGUGACUUGUGUCAUUUUCAACUAUAGAAGUGUAAAUUAAACAAAAGUGAGAAGUUUCUGUUCGCGAACAUGAGAUAUUACUUAAUCGUCUCGCGUAUUCCUCGUGCACACGCUGCUGUAAUAGCAGCAACUACUUUCUGUUUCGUUUCGAACAUCGUGACAUAAAGCAACGAUAAAAAAAAAACAAAAACUGUUAACGUGAAUUAAUGUGAAAUCAAUCGAGGAGAACACAAUGGAUCGUGGUAUAUUGCGUCAAACGUUGAUUGGUUUCGUAUGCAGUGUCUUGAUUAUCGACUGCGGCCUCCAUGAGGGAUGGAGCACACCGACGAUACCAAAGUUCAACGGCGAGGAUCCACUGAAAGUGACCUCCGAUGAGAUAGUGUGGAUCGUAAAUCUCCUGUAUGUAGGGGUCGGUAUCGGUUCAUUGGUACCCUUCGUACUGAUGGACAAUAUCGGACGUAAAGGAACUUUGCUAGUCACUACCAUUCCAAAGAUCGUCUCGUGGAUCUUCAUUGGAUUUUCUACGUCAGUACCGCUCAUAUAUGUCGGACGGAUACUCGCGGGUAUAGGAUGUGGUAUAACGUACGCCGUGAUGCCGAUGUAUCUUGGCGAGAUUAGCAGCAAGCAAACCAGAGGUCCUUUAGGUACCUUAACGGCCGUCUUGAUCAACAUCGGGUUGAUGCUCAUCUACGUUGUCGGCCUGUGGGUCAGCCGGUUCGUGAUGGCGAUGAUAAGUGUGUGCGCGCCGGUGAUAUUUUUACUAUCCUUCAUAUGGUUGCCCGAGAGCUCGGUGUUCCUCACGAGGAAGAACAAGCUCGGUACCGCCGAGAAGACACUUCAGUGGGCAUUGGGCAAAGAGAACGUGGACGAGGAACUCGAGGAGGUGAAACGAAUCGUGGAGACCGAGGACAAGUGCAGCGAGAUGACUCUUAAGGACAUGUUCAAAGAGAUUUUCAGAAAAGCGCGGAACAGAAGAGCCUUUCGAAUCGGCAUGAUACUCCUGAGCAGUCUGACCAUGACGGGGGCGGCGCCGAUACUCACGUUUCAGUCAUACAUCUACGACGCGGCCGGUUUCGAGAUCUCGACGAAUACAAGCAUCAUUAUAACAGGCGUCGCUAUCGUCCUGGCCGGAUGCACCUGCGUGACGUUAGUGCGCAUCACCGGCAAGAGAUUGCUGCUGUUGAUCGCCGCGCCGAUUUGCGUAACGUCGCUCGCGGCGAUAGCAAUUUUUUUCCAGUUUCAGUCUGCCGGCUAUGACAUCUCUCAAUUCAAGUGGGUGCCUACGGUCUUUGUGGUAAUUUACGUGCUGGGUUACGGAUUCGGUCUGAAUCCGAUACCGCUCGCAUACAUAGGCGAGAUCUUUAGUGUUGAAGUUAAAGUACCAGCCGCGGUGCUCAACGCCCUUUUCUACGCCAUAAGCACCACCACCGUGGUGAAGUUUUAUCAGGUCAUGCAAGAGUUGUACGGCACGUACGCACCAUUAUGGAUAUUUACCGCAAUAACAUUUCUUAUAUGGGUAUUAAUUUACCUAUUUGUCCCAGAAACCGAAGGCAAAACCUUGGAAGAAAUACAAAUGGAUUUGCGAGAUAAUAAAUGACGUAUAUAAAAUCCAAAGAUCGUUUAUAUUUACAGCGUAUUUACGAAGUAGCAUUUAAAUACUAACUACCGUGAACAGAUCGCUACAAUGUACGUGCAUAAUCACAAAUUAUGCAUAUGUGCGGAUAAGAUUAAAACAUUACGAGAUUACAACAGUUUCGAAUUCGUCUGUUACGUGUGUGUUUCAUUUUGAUUUUAACGGUAUUACGUUAUAAUACCGUUAAAAUCCGGCGUAAAACAACUUACACACAAGAUAAUGUUCCUGUUAAAUUAGAACGGAAGCUCAGUUAGUCAGUACACAUUGUUAAGGUAUAUGUUAUCGUAAUAAGUAUGUACGCUUUAUAUAUUCUCAGUCAAACUGUGAAUUAAUAUUGUAAUAACGUAUAUUCACACACACACACACACACACAAUUAUAUUAAAAGAUAGAUAUAGCGUAUACACUUUUUUAGAGUAUAAACAUUUUAGAAAUAACUAAACAGCAUCUAUAAAAUAACUGAAAGAUAUUUGUUUAUAAUUAUCAUUAGUAAUGUACACAGAUUGAGCAAUUUUCUUAUGUUUAUGUUAUACUUGAUAUUUGAGUUUGACUUUAGCUUAUUGUUAGAUAAAAACUAUUCUGAGUUAGUAUACAUAAGUUGCUUUAUAUAUAAUAUUCUGUCGCUAUUUGUGGCAAGCUCGCAAGCAUCUAUAUAAUAGCGUUAAAUCCUGUUUUGAGCUCACGAAAUUGCCAGGUGAAACGGCGCGAAGGGAAAUCAUUGGACUUGGGUGAUCGUAAAGCUUUAGCUCUGCGUCGUAAAGAGAAUCGUUUAGUAGCGACACUGUAGCACGGAAAAUUCGUGCGUUCGAUCGGAUAAGUUAAGUUCUCAUUAAAAACAUUACAAAUUCAUCGAUUUCAUCUCGAAAAGUUAUCUCUCAAGACAAAAGAAAUCAAUGUGUUCUUUGACAUUCAAAUCGCAAAUUCUCGAUUCUUCCAUUACAUCUCAUUCCCAAUGAUGCCCCACCGAUGAUGGGUUGUCAGCCUCGGUAUACCACGGAGCAAGACUACACGUCAUGCCUUGCAUACUGUUGGCAUUUCACUCGAACGGAACGUCCGUGUGCAUGUGUUGCUCGCAUAUACGUAUAUUUACAGAUAUGCUGGAAACGCAUAUACCUACGUACGCAUGUAACUGUUUAUCCGUCAAUAUUCGUGUGAUGUAUUAGCCCCCCGAACGUGUGUAUCCUGGAUACAUACACAGACUUGAGCAUGAUGAUCAGUUUAAUAUACUCUGAAUGAGAAUAAUUACUCAAGUUUUUGUGCAAAAAGUAGUAAAAACUACGCUUCAUCAAUUUUGAUUCUUUGUAACUUUAUAAAUAUGACUUAACGCAUGUAAAAAGAUAAAUGUAGAUAUACAGGUAGCGCAAAGAUUUCUAAUGUAAUUAAUUUUAGUAACCAAUAUUUUUUUCUGAAUACUAUUAUGGCUUGUAAUAGUUAUGACAUUGUAUAUAGAAUUCACUAAGAGUGAAAAUAAAAAACAUAAAUAACGCAUAUAAUUUUUUUUUUUUUUUUUUUUACUUU